AUGUGUCCGCCCGUGAGGGAACUCGAAAAUGUGAGAAGACUGGAAGAGGAAGAGCCUCAGUGGUUGCCCGAGCCGCCGAACAAUCUUCAUGAAGAGAACGUCGCUCUCAACCCGGUUCCAUUGCCGCCGAUCAACGAGGAGCCGGAAAGGAUGCAUUUGAAUGGACUUGGAGGACUGCGGGCUUUGAUCCUGGUACGUCUUGAAUAAGUAUUUUGGCCGGAAAAACACAGUUUUUGCAAAUAGAAUCCUCUUGCAAAGUAUAAUUCACUUACAGAAAUCUUGCGAAAAAAAACAGCCAAGCUGUCUAAAAAUUUUUUUUUUGGAAGUUAACUUGCUGAUCGCGUUGAACUUAUUCUGAAUCUUUUCUUCAGCUAUCAAUAGAAUGAUCGUUUUUGAGCUGAAUUUCGAAUGACAGCAAUGACGGAAAUAGUAGGGUCUAGGUUGUGAUAGUUUUUGCGAUCCAACUCAGCAGGAAAAAUGCGACCAAACCCUUUUGAAAAGAGCUUUCUGAGUUAUUAAGGUUCAAAGUAACUUUUGGGAGCAUGCCUUAUUAUGCCUUACAUGCCAAAUUUAUUUUUUUAAGACUUGAAUGCUCAAAACUUUUUUGUAGGAAGAGAUCGAGGAAGAGAUCGAGGAAGACGAAGGAGAAUGGACCGUGCCUGAGUUGCCGGAUGAAGAUCAAGAGCGCAUGGAAAUGGCGGCUAACGAGGCUGUAUGUUUCAUUUUUCAAUUUGAUGGAAGGAAAAGUGAAUAAAAAGCUUAAUGCAUUUCGAAAUUGAGGGGACGAUGAUCGUCAUAUAAAUGCUAACAAUUUUUUGAAUUUCGCUCAAGUUUCCUCUUAUAGUCAAUUUGUCCCUACUUGAAAGGCGAGAGAGGCAGAGAAAUGGGCUGGACGCGUAGCGUGUGCGUUCGCGGUUCUUGGAACGAGUUCAAUUCAAUUGCCGCCGACUAUUUGAAAAGCUCGGCAACCGCUCUUUUUCAACGUUUUCUACUAUUUUUUGAUGCACACAUGAAAAUAAUCAAUAAGUAAUUGACAAAGGAAUGAAAAAAGCGAAAAAAACGGGUAAUAUUCAAUAAUAUUCAAAAAGCUCGGUCACCGUUCUUUUCAUAUUUACUCCACUACUUCUUAAUGCAAAAUAUUAAAAAAAGAAAUAAAGAACAAAAAGAAAAAAAGCAAUGAAAGGGCUCUCUAAAUAGUUGUUGGCGGUUCAAUUGAACUCGUGCCAAGAACCGCGUACGCACACGCUACGCGUCCCGCACACUUUUCUUCCUCUCUUGCCUCUCAAGCCGGGAAAAAAUUGACUAUAACAGGAAACUUUUGGAAGUUCACAUGAUCCAAAUCAUAAGAGUUUUUUGAGGAGGAGCAUCUGCGUGAAGAGGACCUCAGGAUUGUGCACGAAGAUGAUCAUCAGCAUCGUGCACGUCUGCGUCAGGAAAGACGCCUGGCAAUCGCCACUAUAGAGGCUGUACGUUUCCAUAUUAUGAGUUGAAAAAUUGGAUACCGAACUAUGAAAAUGAACUGCCGGAAUCAUCAAAGAUUCAAAUUUAUGCACUUUUAUGCAUAUUUUCAAAAGAAUUAAGACAAACGGCUGAUGCCUGAAAUUUUGGAAGCGGCAUAAGAAAAUCUUUUGAAAAUCAUGAAAAUAAUUUUGAACCAAGAAAUUUUCUGAUUUCUUCCAUUAUAUAGUUAAUUUUCCCCGACUUGAAAGGCAGGGGACGGGACGCGUAGCGUGUGCGUACGCGGUUCUUGGCACGAGUUCAAUUCAAUCGCAGCCGACUGUUUAAAAGCUCGGAAACCGCUCUUUUAUAUUUUCUAUUAUUUUGAUGGACAUAUGAACAUAAUCAAUGAAUAAUUGAACAAGGAAUGAAAAAAGCGAAAACCAGGUUUUUUUUAAGUAGUCACUGGCGAUAGAAUUGAACUCGUGCCAAGAACCGUGUACGCACACGCCUUGCCACCCUCGCCUUUCACGUCAGAAAAAAAUGACUAUACAAAUUCCUAGAUUUUUUUUUCAAGGAAGUGCGGCUCAUCGAAGGUGAAGCCCAAGAGAUGAGGCCUCCGCAGCCACAAGUUCUGCUGGAGAUGGACGAGGAGGAGGAAGCUCUUCUUGCCGCUGUAGGUCUUUUCUGAUCUGAAACGGAUCGCAUUGAAUUUGUAAAGAAUUCCGAGAAAAUAAUGUUUCGCUUUUCGAGAAAAUUAUCUGGAGAUGAUAUACACCUUGAUUUUUUUAUCAAAAAAAUUUUUUUCUUUUUAUUAUCUCUUUAAUGAGACUUCUCGGGAUCGAGGCAAACAAAAAAAUGACGUGAAAUUCAACUGUAUAACCUGUCGAUUUUCUAUAGUCUGUGUGCCAAGACUUGGAAUUUCACCGAACGACAUUCCGCUGUUCCGCUGCGUCCCUCGGUCUCGCUUUGAAUUGGUUCUCAUUUCUGAUAGAUGAACUGUUACACUAGGAAAACGUGUUGGUCGAGUUCUUAAGUAAAAUUAAAAAUUAAAAAGCGGCCGAGCAUGCAUCGGAACAGCGGAAUGUCGUUCGAUGAAAUUCCAAGUCGCGGUACACAGACUAUAGUCAAUAUUUUGUUUUUUUCUAUUUUUGAUUCUCAUGAAUCCUUAUGAUUUGCAUUGAUAGGAUUUUCAGUCCCGAAAAUACCAAGCAUAUUUGAUAUAGUAACUUUUCAGGAGGCGGCGAUCCGGGCCGACAUUCGAAAUCUGCAACAUCUUCGUUUCCAGCGUCAAGUGGAAUUCAACCACAUGCGAAACAGAAUGCGCUUCUUGGAAAACGAAGUGCGCCGCCGAGAGCAGCGUGCGGAUGUCAGUCUCUAAUUUAAAUAUUGAACUAAAACGGAAUCAAUGAAAAUUGGGAGAAUUGAUAGAAUCGCCAGGCCUGAUAUGAGACGUUCACAAAAGCAAAUUACUGAAAUAAGCAUAUUUUGACUUUCUCUGAUGCAUUGCUUUUCCUUGGACCCAUGAGGUCAUUUUCUGAUAAUAAAAUUUUUGGAAAGCCAGAAGCUUUCAAAAUUCUAAAUUUAGUCAGUUUUCAAAUUCUACUUUUCACAGGCCCUUCGAGAGCAAGUCCGUGAAUUGAACCGGCAGUUGAAUGCUGAUGAAAAUCGAUACCUGGAUCAAGAACCGGGAGACGAGGAUCCCGCCGAGCACUUUCCUUUGUAG